UAUUCCAGUUUUAUUUUCUUGUUCGUUCGUGUUGGAUAGCUCCGAGCCUCAAGCAAUGACUAAAAUAUCUUCAAUUGGAUCCCUCCCGAUGGUUCACAAUCUUGAAGGAGGAAAACCGCAUCCACUAGAGUUUCCAUUGAUCAAUAAUGACGUUACUAUUUUGCAAACCGCGACGGAGGUUCCGUGUGGGCGAUUCGACUGGAAGGUACUGAAAACACGUCGGGCAUUACUCAGAAUGGGACAGAUUGUCCCAUCGAUUGUGAUUAUUGCGAUCAUUCAAUGCUAUGCUCUGUCCGGAACUUUGCUAUUAUUUUUGUCGAUCAAUGCCCUGAUUGGAACGUUGCUUCUGCUUGGUGACUUGAUAAUCGUUGCUCACCCACUUCGCCAAGCCUUCACUCCGGUUCUAUGGUUCAAGGUGGAACUUUGGUUCACUGGACUGGUAGCAGUGGCUUUCCAUACGAUGGCGUUCGCCGUGUUUGCCGAUGGGAUGCGCUGGUAUAGAAUCAGUUCCAAUGCUGUGGCGGCUGCUUUUGGAUUCGUCAAUGAGGCGAUGUAUCUUGCGGAUUGGUGGAUAAAUUUCAAUAAUCGCCAGAAAACGGUUAGAAAGUUAGUGAAAGAACAAGAAAAUGAAUUCAAGGAGGAAGCGAUGACCAACUAAUGUGAUCCUAAAUAUAGUUAUCUGUUGUAAUUAACUUAUUAUAGUAUAGUCAAUAGUCAUGCACCGUAUUGCUUUUGACGAAGAUUGAUUAUCAAAUACAAAGUAGAAUAUUCCCACUUUACAUAUUACACAGACAAACAGACAUAACACAUUGAACAUUCACUCAUCAAAUUCAUCGUAAUUUAAACACUAACGGCAUCUGUUGAUUUCUGUUAGUUGGGCAAAUCACGAACCAGAUGGCGGUAGUGAGCAAACGUCAAACUAGAGCAAAUCCGACGCGCGCGCCACGAGUGAUCGAUUGGCCAACUAAUGAUUAUUCGAAUUGACCAGUAAAUCAGUGAACGAUGGAAAUUUGACGAGUGUUAUGUCUGUUUGUCUGUGCAUAUUAUAUUCUUUA